AUGGAGGCGAUCUCGCACGCGGGCACUGUUCUGGGCAUCCUAGCCAAGGACGGUGUCGUGCUCGCGGCGGAGAAGAAGGUCACGAGCAAGCUCCUGGAGCAGGACAAGAGCUCUGAAAAGGUGUUCCAGCUCAGCGGCAACGUCAUUGCAGGCGUCGCUGGCCUGACGGCCGAUGCGAACUCGCUCGUGAACUACGCGCGGAAUGCGGCGCAAAAGUACCUGCUUUCGUACGAUGACGAAAUCCCUGUCGAGCAGCUCGUGCAGCGCCUGUGCGACAUGAAGCAGGGCUACACGCAGUUUGGUGGUCUCCGUCCGUUCGGUGUGUCUUUCCUGUACGCAGGUUACGACCCCCACCACGAGUUCCAGCUGUACCAGUCGGACCCCUCGGGCAACUACUCGGGCUGGAAGGCGAUGUGCAUCGGCAUGAACAACGGCACGGCGACCAGCCUCUUGAAGCAGGAAUAUAAGGAGGACUUUAGCGUCCAGGACGCACUGGGCCUCGCCGCCCGCGUGUUGAGCAAGACGAUGGACACGACGGCGAUGGAGAGCGACAAGCUGGAAUUUGCCGUGCUUGUGCGCAACCCCCGGACAGGCGAGCCCCAGCCGCAUAUCCUCUCGCCGGAAGAGAUUGAUAGCGUGCUCAAGCGGCAAAAGCUCGCCAAGGUCGACGAGAACGCGACGGGUGACACGAUGGCCGUGGAUGCAUAG